UUCCUGACUUCUGAUUGGUCGGGGGAACAGAUUGUCAACAAACCUAUCUUGACAGAAGUGUAGGGUGUGAAUAUCGUCGAGGAUUUUUGAGUUUUGACGUUUCCAGAGUGGAUUAACAAUGACUGUAGCUCAAUUUUUCGGGUGUGGGAUGAUUGCCUUCGGGCCUCCCAUAGUAAUGUUUGCUCUGACGAUAGCCAAAGACCCAAUUCGAACCAUUAUGUUGGUGGCCAGCUCCUUCUUCUGGUUGUUGUCUCUGCUGUUUUCAUCAAUCUUAUAUACAGCUGUCAUACCACUGCAGGACUACUUAGCGUUUGGACUAGUAUUCUCUGUUCUCUUCCAAGAACUUUUCCGGUUCUUGUGGUUCCUUCUCAUCCAGAAAGCAGAAGGAGGUUUGAAGAAAGUCAGUGAUGGCAACAUACAGAUUGUUGAAAAUAAGAAUAUCUUGGCUUAUGGUAAGGUUACUAAUUUUUUAUUUUCAUUGGACUUGGCUUUUUGGUGGGAUGAUUCAGGAGCAUUUUCACUGAUUAAUGUCCUUGCUGAUAUGACUGGACCAGGCACUAUCGGAAGGCAUGGUGAUCCCAAGCAGUUUUUCAUAGCAUCAGCAGUCACAAGUCUUGCUUUUAUUUUACUCCAUGUAUUUUGGGGUAUUCUUUUCUUUAAUGCCCUGCAUCGUCGUGCAUAUCUACAAUUGGCUUAUGUAGUACUUUGCCAUCUUUUAGCAUCUUGUAUUACACUUAUGAACCCUAUGUACUCCGUGACCAUUCCAACGGUAUGGAUCUUAACAGUACUCUCUGGUGUUCUGGCUUUCAUUGUUGCUGGUGGGUCACAUAGGACUGUGAUGAUUGCAAUCAAGGGUCAUUCAAGAGUCUUACAGGUUGAUGCUACUGACUCCAGAGGGACCUUGACAGAUGCUGGGGCAAUGUAGAAUUUUGUGUAACAUAGUUCUUAGGUCUUUUUGUAUUGCCAUAAUUAUGUUGUUUUGAUCUUUUUACUAGAGAUGCUAAGUCUUUAUUAUAUUAAUAUACAGGAUUUGGUGCACAGAACCAAGCAUUUGAAUUUUAGCAGUACUUUUUAAUAGAAUUUAUGUGUGAGUAAACAAACUGCAGAGUAUUGGUUUUCCUUAUAGCCUAUUGUUCUUAUUUAAUUAUGAAAAACUUCUAUAGGAUUAAAUAAUUAUAUGUAUUUUUUUACAUUGUAAUUAAUGUCUUUUGUAAUAGCAAUGAGUCUUUAUUGUUAGGAAAUAUUAUGUUAGUAUUGCAUUUUUUGUUGUGCUUUAUGUACGUAUUCAUUUUUUGUGUUCCUUGUCUUAUUAUACCAUAUAUGUUCCUGUGUAUUGAAUACUGUUCUUGUUUUACUUUCCAAGGUAAUUGAAUGAUGUUUUAAUGAAUUGCUAGCAUGCUAUAAUUAUGAUAAGCUCAUUGCAAGUAACAAAGUUUCGAUAAUGUGUGAAUGCACUCCAUUUUCAUCCUUUUGUGUACCUUUUGUUUGUUGUUUAGGUCAUUUGUGUAGAAGCACAUUCCAGGACUACCCAGAUGCUCCCAUGUGGUUUGCCUCUUAUAUUUCUCGUUUUCCGUCCGCUUAUUCUUGUUGAGCAUAACUUCUGGAGUCAGGAUCUAGUUCCUCAUAAUGUAGUUACUAUAAUUUCAGGAAGGAGACAGUAAUAUGGGAUGCUGUAUUAUUGUGGUAACCUUUUUUUCUUUGCUAUAAGGAAGUAUGAAAUAUUGAUAGAUUUGUUCCUUUAACUGUAGUCUGAGCUCUCUCAUUUGUGAUAGUAAAGGAAGCUUAUGUGUCGCUAUUACAUUUUUGUGUGCUGAUAAAAUAACCUGUUCCGUAGAUGUUUUUCUUCUUUGAACAGAACAAAGUCUUUUCCUUGUUGCCUGUGUAUUACCUUUCCUUUUUAUCAUGAUUUGGUAAUUUUUAUGUUCUCAGAGUACAUUAACAUAAUAGUUUUUGUGAACAACCUUUUGUAUUGGUCCAAUAUUAAGUCAUCUUUAGGUGUAACAACUAAAACUGCAUCCCACAUCUUAAUAUAAAUAUUUUUCUGGCUGCGUAUAUACAAGGAGGCAGUUGACUAUACAUAUGUUUAUUUGGUGUGUUUUGAUAUUUGAAACUAAUUUUUUAAGAUUUUUAUGACAAGACAAUUCAGUUCUCAGGAUUUAUUCAAGAAGAUUUUGUCAUUUUCAUUCAGGAAAAGAAAAUUGA